AACCACAGCUUCCAUACAACAUCUCAUCUCCAUUCGCUUCCAUUGAUGUGCACACCACCUCCUUCAAGUCAAGCAAGAUGGAUGCCCAGGGCGCCCUCGACACUCUCCUUGGCCGCCUCACCACCAUCCUUGCCGACGAGGCGCAGCUGCUCGGCAGCCUCCACGGUGAUGUGCAGUUCAUCAAGGAUGAGAUGGGGAGCAUGAAUGGCCUGCUCCUCCACCUUACCGAGGCUCACCAACGUGACCACCAUGUCCAUGCUUGGAUGAAGCAAGUCGUUGGCCUCACCCGCGACUGCGAGGGCAACGUCGAGCUCUACAUCCACAAUGUUACCGGCGCUGCCCGUCAUGGCAGUGGCUUCUUGGGCUACUUGCGGCACAUUGUCCAUUAUGUGCGCACCAUCUCAGAGCGGCACCGGAUCGCGACGAGGAUCCAGGAGCUCAAGGCCAGGGCGCGCGACGUGGGCGACCGGAAGCUGAGGUAUGGCGUCACCGUGCCACCCGCUGCUGACCAAGAUGACGCGAUAUUCAUGGACGAUGUACAGAAGCCCAAGAGGCCGGAAGAAGAGGAGGAAGAUGCUCGGAGACGCUCUUGUCUUGUGAAUUAUCCCGAGGAUGAAGAGGCUCAUUUACAGAAAAUCAUCAAUGAUAACAUCAAGCCUGUGUUGUCUGAGGAAGAGGAAGAACCUAUUGAAGCACUGACAAGUGGGGAAUCCCAGGCGAGGAUAUUCCUGAUGAUGUUCAACCCACAUCCCUGGGCAGACAAUAGUAAUUUAUUACAUUCUAUUACAGAGGGACUGUAUGAGCAGAAAAGGAAAUCAUUUAGUUGCAAAGCCUUGGUCAAUAUGUACACAAAUGGGGAAUUUAAACCUUUGGUCCAACUCCUGCGGGAAAUUCUGCACCAAGUGAUGCCCCUUCCAGCUGAACAACAAGACGCGCUCGUGGUGGAAGCAAAGAAGAGCAAAGAAACAUCACUGGGUGAUAACAAGGAGGAUGAGGCAAUGCAACUCACCAAGAAACUUGAGGGGUAUCUCAAAGGUAAACGAUUCAUGAUCAUUCUUCAAGGUGUCAAUUCCACGGAUAAAUGGAAUAGCAUAAGGUCUGCUGUGCUACGUGCUACUGCUCAUGGCUCUCCUGGUAGCACCAUAGUCAUUACCACAACUUCUUCUGGUUUAGUCCACGAGUCCCCUUAUGAAAUCCUCAAACCACGAAGUCUCUUUGAUGAUUGGUACGAUAAAACCAUGGUGCUUGCGGCAGGUGAUUUUGGCAUUUUUCCUGCCAUCGUACCUAUUCUGACAACUAUGGUAUCAACAAUUGCGGCAUUAUGUCAACAUGAUGUCUUUGCAAUGAAGAUGGUCCAACAUCUUUUCUAUGCUGACUCUAUAAGUGAUCUUACACAGAUAGAGAACAUUGUAGCAAUCUUACGUGAUUGUCAGCGCUCAAACCAAAAUUUGGGAAAGCAAAUGUUAAGGUUUUCCUAUAAUAAAUUGCCCACCAAGUACAAGAGAUGCUUGUUGUACCUAACUAUCUUCCCAGAAGGUGACAUCAUUAGGAAAACAGCCGUGUGUAGAAGGUGGAUAGCUGAAGGACUGAUACCGUCAAGGGAGAAUCGUGCAGACCAUGAAGCUGAUUGCUGUUUUGAUGUGCUCUUCUCGUCGGGUUUCAUUCAACCUAGGGAGAUUAGUGACAUGGGCAAGAUCAAGGCGUUCACAUUACAUCCUAUUGUCCGUGAAGCCAUCACCAGGAUUGCUAGAGAUCUAAACUUUGUGGACACGGUCCUGCUGUCCGAUCUGAAUCGCCACCUUCCAAUUCACAACAGAACUAGGGUACAAGCAUCUCACAGGAAGCAUUCUGUGCAAGCAGCUGAUGGCAGUGGCAUUGUAGCAUGUCUUGCAUAUUUGGCAAAGUCGCCUCAGUGGCAGCUAAUGAAGAUGUUGGAUCUACAAGGUUGCAGAGGCUUAAAGAAGCAACAUUUGAAGAGCAUCUGUAAAAUAAUACUGCUCAAAUACUUGAGCCUUAGGAACACAGAUAUCACUGAACUGCCCAAGCAAAUCGAGAAGCUGCAGUGUCUGGAGACGUUGGACAUCCGGCAAACAACAGUACGGUCAUUCGCCACAAAAUCAGUCAUGCUUCCAAUGCUAAAGCGUAUGCUUGCUGGCCAGAGCAACAACUCUGGUAAAUUUCAAGAGUCGUUUACAGCGGUGCACCUUCCCAGCGGCAUCAGAGGAAUGAAGAAAUUGGAGAUAUUGUCUCGUGUUGUUUCUGACAAAGUUGAUAAUUUAACUGAUGUUGGUCAUCUGUUACGCCUGAGGAAACUGGGUGUGAUUCUUUCUGGUAAGAAAGGUGGCUUGGGUCUUUUGUUCCAGCAGAUUGAAAAACUGCAUGGUUGCCUCCGCUCCUUGUCAAUCCAGAUCAACCAACCACCCAAAGUUGAGGAUACUCUUGGUGCAGAGGAGGUGACAACAUUAAUCUUGCCUCCAAAACUUCUUCAGAGCCUGAACGUCAGCGGCAUCGCGAGUGGGCUCCUCCUAUGGAUUGCAGAGCUUGAUCAACUUACCAAGUUAACACUGAGAGAGACUUACCUGACAGAAAACUAUAUACGCAUCCUUGGCAAACUUGCAGCUCUGAGUUGCCUCAGGCUUCGGCGCAAUUCAUACACCGAAAGCGGGCUUAAAUUCAAGGAAGGAGAGUUUAAGCGCCUCAAGUCUUUGGUCGUCGAUGGCGAUAUCAUCACCAACAUUACCUUUGACACUGAAGCGGCUCCCAAGCUUACGACGAUUGUGUGGUCUUUCGCCAAAAUGGAGUCUAUUUCUGGAUUAGGCGGCCUUUGGUGGUUGAAGCGGCUCGAGCUCAAUGGUGACUGCAACCCAGGCCCAGUGAGAAGAGCACUUAGAAAGCACCCCGGUGAUCCUGAAUUUAAGCACAACCCACGCCAUGGACACCAAGAAGAUGGAGCUGUUGUUGCUGCCUCACCCCCAUGAGCAAAUGGUCGACUUUUCUCCGUCGACAACUAGAAACUCUCUUCAGUUGGUGUUUGCCUGGAUCAUUUAUCAUCCUUGAAUAACGAAGCAGGUGAAGGAAAUCCUGGCCAUUUUCUUCCAGUCGCAUUCAUCACUGAAGCCGAAUUAUUUCAGUCUUACAUGUGUUUGGUUUAAUUAUCUGUACUCUGCAUACUUGGACUCUUUCUGCGUGCGUGUUUGUGUGUGUGGGCUGCAUGCCCUGGUGUGUAGUGUGCUACUGGAUAUUAUUCUUCGUUGUACUGUCUUGUUUACUGCGUGUCAUGCAACAUUUCAGCAAACGCUAUUAUCUGUGUUGUACUUCUUGGUUUCAUUUUCAUGUAA